AUGAGCAUCAAAAGUAACCUCAACAGUGUGCCCUCGCAGACUCAGCAUGACUUCUCCAUCUCGCCCCUCCACGGUAGCCUAGAGUCAUCCAACUCCAUCUCGGCCAGCUGCAGCCAGCGCUCCUCAGACCAGUCCAUCAAGACUGUGGACAGCAUGGCCUCCUCCCAUUCCUACUACACGCCCACCUACAGCACGAGCAGCUACAGUGUGGACCCCGUCACGACCGGCUACCAGUACAGCCAAUACGGACAGAGUGAGUAGUGGGUUACUAGGGGUAAAGACAAUGCUUUAGGAUACAUAUCGUUUGAGAGACACCAUCUCCUCUUCUGUUCUAGUGCAGGACAUGAAGUGCCUGACAGCGUUAGUCUUCUGCCAAUAUAAUGGCUAGGUGUGUAUGUGUGUGUGUGUGUGUGUCUGUGUACGUCUCCGUGGGUGCACACCCACCCCAUGGAAGAGGCUUGGAGUGUGUGUGUGUGUGUUUGACUGGGAUUUAUUUAAGACAUAUAGCCUGGUUGACAGGAAUAAAGAGCUUCCCUUUGAAGGGUGUGGAGUUAAAUGUCCCCUACCCCCCUGUCCCAGACACAAACAGCACCCUCCCCAGGCUUCAUGGUGACUGACAGGUCGGGAGACAACCUCCCCGCCCACAGGUGUGCCUCUCCUACCAUUCCACCGCUGCUCCUGACAGCUUCCUUUCUCCACCCUGCUAACAGACUAACUGACACGCUAACAACACGUGUGCUACUUACCGUCAGCCCCUGUCAGCACACCUGACAGUAGUCUGGCACGGUCUACAGUAACACAUACGCGAACCAGUGUCAGUCGGUGCCGUAUACAAUGAGGGAGGACCAUUUUUUUAAAUGAGCAUGGUCUUAUUUCUAUUACAGCAUAUUGGAUGACUGUCAUUCAUAUUCCAUUCACAAACCUCAAUGUAACAUCGAUAGCUUUAGGCUACUACAUGAUGCUCAAAUUUUCCCUAUACCCAUCAUGAGGUUGCUACAACAGGUUGAGAGAAAAAUGUGAGUAAUCCAGACAGUGACACAGUCAAUAGCGUCUUGCACACUCUUGCCUGCAUCUAGUUGAUCUAGGGUGUAAUCAUUAGUCCAACAGUUGCAAACGACAGUUUCUAUUGGACAAAUUCAGGUAUGUUUAUCCCCAUUUCGUUCCAUUUGCUUCCGUUUAAAAAACAUGUUUCAACAGAAUCGGCGGAAUGAAUACACCCAUGAUCACUGGAAACACAGUUCACUUUCAUAGCAGCCACAUACAAACAGCAUGAUCAUUUACUCGUUGUAUAAUUCCUUCUCACAUCUACGCACUCUCCUCCUCUCACCUUUUCCCUUUGCUUGUGGACUUCAGUGCACAAUACAACAGCUGUCUGUGACCAGGCGAAAAAACCUUUCCAAGCCAAACCUUGAUGCCCUAACUGCUAACCGCUAUACACAGCCUACAUCGUUGUCACCUAACGGCAUAGUCAACAUAGCUAGCUACUAGAACUAACGCAUUCAUAAACCCACUACAAUCAUGCAGUACAGUGUACAGCAAGAAGUUUAGCAGGCCCCGGUGGCAAUAAAUUAAUCAAACCAAAAACGUACCUAGACUUGGAAAAGUUCCAGUGUUGGAUAGCCAUAGCCAGCUAGCUAACAUAGCAUUCCUCUCUGUUUGAGCCGGGUGUUUGAAUAGGCUAAACUAGCUAGCUGUAUACGCUAGCUAGGUAAGUGAAAGUGAAAAAAAUUAAAUACUACAAAAUAUAACUAUCUCUCUCACUCUCUCGCUCAUCCUUCUACUAUUGUCUUUCUCUCUCUUUGAGUCAACUACUCACCACAUUUUAUGCACUGCAGUGCUAGCUAGCUGUAGCUAAUGCUUUUAGUGAAGUGAAUACAGUUGAAGUCGGAAGUUUAUAUACACCAUAGCCAAAUACAUUUAAACUCAGUUUUUCACAAUUCCUGACAUUUAAUCCUAGUAAAAAUUCCCAGUCUUAGGUCAGUUAGGACCACCACUUUCUUUUAAGAAUGUGAAAUGUCAGAAUAAUAGUAGAGAGAAUGACUGAUUUAUUUCAGCUUUUAUUUCUUUCAUCACAUUCCCAGUGGGUCAGAAGUUUACGUACACUCAAUUAGUAUUUGGUAGCAUUGCCUUUAAAUUGUUUAACUUGGGUCAAACAUUUCGGGUAGCCUUCCACAAGCUUCCCACAGUAUGUUGGGUGAAUUUUGGCACAUUCCUCCUGACAGAGCUGGUGUAACUGAGUCAGGAUUUUUUCCUCCUUGCUCGCACAUGCUAUUUCAGUUCUGCCCACAAAUUUACUAUAGGAUUGAGGUCAGGGCUUUGUGAUGGCCACUCCAAUACCCUGACUUUGUUGUCAUUAAGCCAUUUUGCCACAACUUUGGAAGUAUGCUUGGGGUCAUUGUCAAUUUUGAAGACCCAUUUGCGACCAAGCUUUAACUUCCUGACUGAUAUCUUGAGAUGUUGCUUCAAUAUAUCCACAUAAUUUUCCUUCCUCAUGAUGCCAUCUAUUUUGUGAAGUGCACCAGUCCCUCCUGCAGCAAAGCACCCCCACAGCAUGAUGCUGCCACCCCUGUGCUUCACGGUUGGGAUGGGGUUCUUUGGCUUGCAAGCACCCCAUUUUUCCACCAAACAUAACGAUGGUUAUUAUGGCCAAACAGUUAUUUUUUUGAUUAAUCAGACCAGAAGACAUUUCCCCAAAAAGUACGAUCUUUGUCCCCAUGUGCAGUUGCAAACCGUAGUCUGGCUUUUUUAUGGCGGUUUUGGAGCAAUGGCUUCUUCCUUGCUGAGCGGCCUUUCAGGUUAUGUCGAUAUAGGACUCGUUUUACUGUGGAUAUAGAUACUUUUGUACCUGUUUCCUCCAGCAUCUUCACAAGGUAAUUUGCUGUUGUUCUGGGAUUGAUUUGCACAUUUCGCACCAAAGUACGUUCAUCUCUAGGAGACAGAACGCGUCUCCUUCCUGAGCGGUAUGAUGGCUGCGAGGUCCCAUGGUGUUUAUACUUGCGUACUAUUGUUUGUACAGAUGAACGUGGUACCUUCAGGCGUUUGGAAAUUGCUCCCAAGGAUGAACCAGACUUGUGGAGGUCUACAAAAAAAUAUUCUGAGGUCUUGGCUGAUUUCUUUUGAUUUUCCCAUGAUGUCAAGCAAAGAGGCACUGAGUUUGAAGGUAGGCCUUGAAAUACAUCCACAGGUACACCUCCAAUUGACUCAAAUUAUGUCAAUUAGCCUACCAGAAGCUUUAAUAAGCCAUGACAUCAUUUUCUGGUAUAUUCCAAGCUGUUUAAAGGCACAGUCAACUUAGUGUAUGUAAACUUCUUACCCACUGGAAUUGUGAUACAGUGAAUUAUAAAUGAAAUAAUCUGUCUGUAAACAAUUGUUGGAAAAAUUACUUCUGUCAUGCACAAAGUAGAUGUCCUAACCGACUUGCCAAAACUAUAGGUUGUUAACAAGAAAUGUGUGGAGUGGUUGAAAAACGAGUUUUAAUGACUCCAACCUAAGUGUAUGUAAACUUCUGACUUCAACUGUAUAUUUAGUACAGUUGAAUCUAAAAAGGAUCACUUUUUUAUUGUAUCACUAUUAAACAUUUUCUGAAAUUCACUGAGAAGGAUGGUCCUCCCCUUUCUCCUCUGAGGAUCCUCCACUGGUGCGAACACACACACACACACACACACACAAAAACUGUGCAUCUCUCCUGUCAUACACCCUCCAAUUCCUCCUGUUUUUACAAAAGAAGGGGUAUCAAAAAGAGCGACAGACACAUUUAUAAAAAGAAGGUAAGAAUUUCCAAUAAGUCAUAAUGCCAGUGUGCUAAUAUCCACCUUCAGCAGCCUGGCUGUCUGUGCUAUGUCGAAGGCUCUAUAAACCAGGCUUCGGUUGGCUUCUCUAUUCGGCUGUGACACAUUUCCUCCAAAUAUAAGUCAUUUGUAUUGGACACAAUCUCCAAGAGCCACUUGAGGCACGCACAUGAUAGAUGGACAGAUGGAGACAUGACUGUUUAUUUUACUGUUUCCAUUGAAAACUCUCCCAUGGCAAGAGAUUUAUGUUUCAGAGAACCUCAAGAAUUAAGUUUACUCCAUUUUCACCUCUAUGCAUCCAGAGAUACGUUUGUUUGCUCCAGAGUAGGCCAAAGACACAUUCAGGAGGCUGUAUGUGUUAACCUUCUUAACGUUGCAGAUUGAAAUGCCAUGAUAUUGCAGAAAAAUCAACACAAUCUAUUUCUACCUGAACGUUUCAUAAUGGUGUUCCCUAUUUGGCCCAUCACUUCGAGGUAGGGUUAAAUGGAGAGCUUCCUUAAGGCAGCCGCAUGCUUCCCAACCGAAACAGUUCGGUACAGUUUGUGCAUAUAUUAUGACGUUUUGUUCGUUUUGGAGUUCGGUUAGGAUUUUGUCGGCUGUUCGGGCACGCACAUUUUUUUCUCAAGGGCCAGCCAAAGUUCGGACGCCGAAGUCUAUGCCCCUUCAUCCGUGAUUGGUGACGUGAGUUUCUGCUUCAUGUCUAUUCAGCCCGAAACUCCGUGUGGAUUCAACAUGGCGAACGACAACUUCGAGCAUCGAUUGACCGAGGAUGUACAAUACUACCAGUACGAUUCUAGCCAUGCAUUAUAUAAAGACCAGCAGGUAAAUGUCAAUUCAUGAAGGGAAAUUGCAGAGACGCUGGGGUCCAACCACUUGUUUGAAAAUGUGGGGUAGGGUUUGCGACAAGUUCGUCAAGGCAAAGAAAAUAAAUAAGGUCCGCAGUGGAGAUGCCAGUGGAAAGGCUACUCCAGAAAUGUUGCUGCAGGCUUGUUCGGCAUGUGUAGCAUGGGAAGACUGAAAGCAACAUGCCGUCUUCACCAAAGGAUGGGGUAUGUUGUAUUUUCUAUUGUAGUCGACGAAAAGAGUAGCCAUGUUUUGCUAACAAUAGCUAGCCAGCUAGCGCUAGCUACUUGGCUGGCUAGUGGCUAGCUAGCCUAGCAGCGUACUCGUGCAGGGAAAGCAAGCAAGCAAGCCAACCAACUAAACUAAAGAUCUUUACAACUUUUGAUCAAACAUUAUUUUGACAUAGAAAGGAAAUCAUAAGCUUCCCACAUUGGUAACACCAAAGUCAAAGUUUGGUAGCCAGGUCCAGCUAGUCAAAAUGUUGCAAAUGUUUGAGUAGCUAGGCCAGGCAACCACUCUGCUCAAAUGUUUGCAACAUUAUAUAGUAUGUUGUAGUCUCGGUUAAUGAUAUUUGAUGUUCAUUAAUGUUUUGAAUAUGUGGCCUAAAUAUCCCUCUACUUUUUAUUUUCAAGGCACAAACACCAGUGAAUGGAGACAGCACCUGGUUUUGUUCUCUGCGCUCCAGCACUGCCCCAAGCACUACCUCUGCCCCAAGUACUGACUGGUGAUGGGCCCCCAGCCAAUCUCCCGCACUGAGUUGCAGUGUAGAAUUAGAAACAAUCUCCAUGCAUGACCUGGGAAGAUCUAUCCUGGGCCCACCUCCAAGACCUACUCCACUGGCUUGCUCCUCACCGAUGCCACAGAGCAGCAGCAGUAGUAGCAGGGGUGUGAGAAGGGAGAAAAGUGUUACAUGUCUGUUCACAGCAGACGCUGUUGUACUAUUGUUCAGAAAUAUUUAUAUUCAGAAAUAUUUGUAACUACACUGACACUUAAAUUCUAUUCCAUAGACACAUGUUUACAAGUCUGUUCUCAGCAGACACGUUUGUAUUGUGGUUUACUUUCAGAAGCAAGAAUAAAGGUUUAUUUGUGUGCUGAAAAAGCUCUGUUGGCAUUUCUUCAUCUUAAUAUAAGGUGUUUCAAUGUAUUAUAUUUGAACAUCAAGCGCUGACAACAUACAGAAGAGCUGUGUGCCACAGAUCUUACAGGCUUUCUACUUGUAGUGUAGUUCAAUAUAAUCUAAAUUACUACAAACAGUGCACACAAAGAACUGAGUCUGUGCGUCCAAGAAUCAUAACCCUUGCAGCCAUGAUGCCGAAUUCAAUCUCUGACUCGCCAACGAGUGAUGGUAGUUCCAAGUACGCCCAGGUUUAUUGAGAUGGUCACCUGUGAAUGAAAGGUAACAAGAUAAUUUAAUAUAUAUAUAUACAGUACCAGUCAAAUGUUUGGACACACCUGCUCAUUCAAGGGUUUUUCUUUAUUUUUAUUAUUUUCAACAUUGUAAAAUAAUAGUGAAGACAUCAAUACUAUGAAAUAACACAUAUGGAAUCGUGUAGUAACCAAAAAAGUGUUAAACAAAUCAAAAUAUAUUUUAUCUUUUAGAUUCUUCAAAGUAGCCACCCUUUGCCUUGAUGACAGCUUUGCACACUUUUGGCAUUCUCUCAACCAGCUUCAUGAGGUAGUCACCUGGAAUGCUUUUCCAACAGUCUUGAAGGAGUUUCCAAAUAUGCUCAGCACUGCUGAGUUGGACUCUGCGGUCCAAGUCAUCCCAAACCAUCUCAAUUGGGUUGAGGUUGGGUGAUUGUGGAGGCCAGGUCAUCUGAUGCAGCACUCCAUCACUCUCCUUCUUGGUCAAAUAGCCCUUACACAGCCUGGAGGUGUGUUUUGGGUCAUUGUCCUGUUGAAAAACAAAUGAUAGUCCCACUAAGCGCAAACCAAAUGGGAUGGCGUAUCGCUGCAGAAUGCUGGUUAAGUGUGCCUUGAAUUCUAAAUAAAUCACAGACAGUGUCACCAGCAAAGCACCCCCCCCCACACCAUCACACCUCCUCCUCCAUGCUUCACGGUGGGAAGCACACAUGCAGAGAUCAUCCAUUCACCUACUCUGCAUCUCACAAAAACACGGCAGUUGGAACCAAAAAUCUCAAAUUUGGACUCAUCAGACCAAAGGACAGAUUUCCACCUGUCUAAUGUCCAUUGCUCGUGUUUCUUGGCCCAAGCAAGUCUCUUCUUCUUAUUGGUGUCCUUUAGUAUAGGUUUCUUUGCAGCAAUUCGAACACAAAGGCCUGAUUCACGCAGUCUCCUCUGAACAGUUGAUGUUCAGAUGUGUCUAUUACUUGAACUCUGUGAAGUUAAUUGCCGAUUUCUGAGGCUGGUAACUCUAAUGAACUUAUCCUCUGCACCAUUCCUGUGGCGGUCCUCAUGAGAGCCAGUUUCAUCAUAGCGCUUGAUGGUUUUUGCGACUGCACUUGAGGAAACUUUCAAAGUUAAGAAAGAUAGAAAUUCCACAAAUUAACUUUUAACAAGGCACACCUGUUAAUUGAAAUGCAUUCCAGGUGACUACCUCAUGAAGCUGGUUGAGAGGAGAAAAAAAAGUGUGCAAAGCUGUCAUCAAGGCCAAGGGUGGCUACUUUGAAGAAUCUCAAAUAUAACAUAUAUUUUGAUUUGUUUAACACUUUCUUGGUUUCAACAUGAUUCCAUAUGUGUUGUUUCAUAGUUUUGAUGUCUUCACUAUUAUUCUACAAUUUAGAAAAUAGUAAAAAUAAAGAAAAACCCUUGAAUUUCCAGGAACCAUAUUCCAAAAGCCUUGAUAAAAUGGUACUUCUCAUAUAGAGGUGCAGAGGUACAUACAUGUAUGCAGUAACUAGGGAAAUUAGAAACAGAAAAAGUUAAAUUAAUUCCAAGAUUCUAUUAUCAACAUACCUGGAUAAGGGCGCAUGAGGUUCUCAUGUAGGGGGAAAGCUGCAUCUCCCAGGAAAACAUGAGGAUUUGGCAUUAUGGUACCUGGCAGGAAGGACAGCUGGUAAAUCGAUGGUCUUCUGCAGCAGUUUUUACCCAAAAUAACUAUCUUGAAACACUCCACCACUCUCUCGGCCGUAUGCCCCUACAUCCACCAUUGUGAACCUUUAGCGGGCAUCUUCUCUGUCUAUGUAUGUUGCUUAUUAUACAGGAUGUGUUGCUAGGUACAUCAAAUCUAGUAGAUCCCGGGCAAUUUGCACAAAUUCAAUUUUCUCGCCAGUCAAGUGUCUUCUUCUUUGAUGUGGUUUAACGGCGGUUGGUAUCCAAUAAAUGUUGCAUAUACCGCCACCUACUAGACUGGAGUAUAACUCCCUUAUACUUUGCUUUAAAAAAGGACAAAAAUAUAAACAAAUACUCUACCAUCUAACCCUACACUCAUUAAAAACCCACCACCCUACUCCACUAUUUAAACCUAUCUAGUCCUGCCUCAGGCCACUCAACACAACCUGUAACUUUUCUGACGUCAAAUCUCGUACACCCAAAUACUUCUCUGCAGCUGCCACCAUAACUUCUAUUUUCUGCGACUUACAUUCUAUCCCUGCAGUACAGUUGAUAACCAUUGCUAUGAACGCUAAAAAGCCAAUUUUACUGAAGCAUAUAUCACUCGUUGGCCUAUCCCUCUGUAAUGAUACAGAUUUACAACUCACACAAAUCCUCUCAAGAUCCCUCCCUCUUGACCCAUCUUCCUCAACUUUCUUCCCUGCCUCAGCAUACGACACCCUCUGCUCUACUCUAACCCUGGUAACCUCAACCUGCCUCUGUCGCACCGGACAUAUCUCAGCCCCAGCCCCAUGUGCACCCCUAGAGUUAACACAUACCGCUUCUUUCCCCAAUGCUAUACAUUCCUUUGUCUCAUGCCCUUCUGCACACUUCUCACACCUAGGAACUUCCCUCCUACACACUGCUGCCACAUGCCCAUAAGCUUGACACCUGUAACAACGUAAUGUAUUCGACACAUAAGCUCAUACGGGAUAAUUGAAAUAUCCUAUCAUCCCUUUGUCGGGCAGAGACUCAACAUCAAAACUCAAAAGAACAGACUUCUGUUUCACCACUCACACCACCCUGACUACUUCGCACCAAACAAUGAGCAUCACAAACACCAGGAUUAUUUCCCUUCAGUUGGUACACUUUCACAUUUACCGCUACCCCAGUAAUCACUCCUUUCAAUGGCGCCCUUUUCUUGAGAGCAAAACAAGUCACCUCUCUUGUGCCAAUUCGUUUGGCGCAAAGCGCCUGCACCCUCUGACCAGCAGAAACACAAACAAGACCACUUCGGGUUACCUUCACCGAUUCCACAGCCCCAACUCCUUUUUCACCUGCCCUGAAAACACAAAUGGAUAAGCCAAAAAUGUCACUCCUACCGUCACAGACUCAUCUUUAUCGUGGCCAUCGAUGCAAGCCUCAAGCUUUGAGGACUUCACCACACCUGCUACCUUCGAUAAUUCAUCCACAUUCACUUCCAUUUCUCCUCCAGACCCCGAUCCGGCGUACGGCUCACUCUGCUUACACUUUCUACCAUUAUUUUUCGACAAACCAUCUCCCUUUUCUCCGCCAUUUUUACCUGACUCAAGCUCACCCUCUUCCUCCAUCUCUCUCUUCAACCUCCUCUGCCUCUCUUUACCCCUACAUUUCUCCUUUGUAUUCCAAGUAUGUCUCCUUAUUAUAAUAUUGUAAUUCUCCUAACAUACAGUGAGGGAAUUAAGUAUUUGAUCCCCUGCUGAUUUUGUACAUUUGCUCACUGACAAAGACAUGAUCAGUCUAUAAUUUUAAUGGUAGGUUUAUCUGAACAGUGAGAGACAGAAUAACAACAAAAAAAUCCAGAAAAACGCAUGUCAAAAAUGUUAUCAAUUGAUUUGCAUUAUAAUGAGGGAAAUACGUAUUUGAACCCUCUGCAAAACAUGACUUAGUACUUGGUGGCAAAACCCUUGUUGGCAAUCACAGAGGUCAGACGUUUAUUGUAGUCGGCCACCAGGUUUACACACAUCUCAGGAGGGAUUUUGUCCCACUCCUCUUUGCAGAUCUUCUCCAAGUCAUUAAGGUUUCGAGGCUGACGUUUGGCAACUCGAACCUUCAGCUCCCUCCACAGAUUUUCUAUGGGAUUAAGGUCUGGAGACUGGCUAGGCCACUUCAGGACCUUAAUGUGCUUCUUCUUGAGCCACUCCUUUGUUGCCUUGGCCAUGUGUUUUGGGUCAUUGUCAUGCUGGAAUACCCAUCCACGACCCAUUUUCAAUGCCCUGGCUGAGGGAAGGAGGUUCUCACCCAAGAUUUGACGGUACAUUGCCCCGUCCCUCGUCCCUUUGAUGCGGUGAAGUUGUCCUGUCCCCUUAGCAGAAAAACACCCCCAAAGCAUAAUGUUUCCACCUCCAUGUUUGACGGUGGGGAUGGUGUUCUUGGGGUCAUAGGCAGCAUUCCUCCUCCUCCAAACACUGCGAGUUGAGUUGAUGCCAAAGAGCUCGAUUUUGGUCUCAUCUGACCACAACACUUUCACCCAGUUCUCCUCUGAAUCAUUCAGAUGUUCAUUGGCAAACUUCAAUCGAGCCUGUAUAUGUGCUUUCUUGAGCAGGGGGACCUUGCGGUCGCUGCAGGAUUUCAGUCCUUCACGGCGUAGUGUGUUACCAAUUGUUUUCUUGGUGACUAUGGUCCCAGCUGCCUUGAGAUCAUUGACAAGAUCCUCUCGUGUAGUUCUGGGCUGAUUCCUCACCAUUCUCAUGAUCAUUGCAACUCCACGAGGUGAGAUUUUGCAUGGAGCCCCAGGCCGAGGGAGAUUGAUAGUUAUUUUGUGUUUCUUCCAUUUGCGAAUAAUCGCACCAACUGUUGUCACCUUCUCACCAAGCUGCGUGGCGUUGGUCUUGUAGCCCAUUCCAGCCUAGGUCUACAAUCUUGUCCCUGACAUCCUUGGAGAGCUCUUUGGUCUUGGCCAUGGUGGAGAGUUUGGAAUCUGAUUGAUUGAUUGCUUCUUUGGACAGGUGUCUUAUAUACAGGUAACAAGCUGAGAUUAGGAGCACUCCCUUUAAGAGUGUGCUUCUAAUCUCAGCUCGUUACCUGUAUAAUAGACACCUGGGAGCCAGAAAUCUUUCUGAUUGAGAGGGGGUCAAAUACUUAUUUCCCUAAUUAAAAUGCAAAUCAAUUUAUAACAUUUUUGACAUGUGUUUUUCUGGAUUGUUUUGUUGUUAUUCUGUCUCUCUGUCACGAUCGUCGAAGGAGGAGGACCAAGGCGCAGCGUUGAAUGCAAACAUACUUAUUUAUUCAAUGAUCACACGAACAAAACAACAAACGAUAACGUGACGUCCACGGUCUAACACAAACCACACUGGAACAAGAUCCCACAACCACUGUGGGAAAACAGCCUGUCUAAAUAUGGUUCCCAAUCAGAGACAACCAGCAACAGCUGACACUCGUUGCCUCUGAUUGGGAACCACUCUGGCCAACAUAGAAAUACAACUACUAGAAAAACAAAUGGAAACUCACACCCUGGCUCAACAUACAAGUGUCCCCAGAGCCAGGGCGUGACACUCUCACUGUUCAAAUAAACCUACCAUUAAAAUUAUAGACUGAUCAUUUCUUUGUCAGUGGGCAAACGUACAAAAUCAGCAGGGGAUCUAAUACUUUUUUCCCACACUGUAUAUCUCGUUCUUGCCUUCUCAAGGGAUGCCAUUUUUUCUUUAUGACACACCCCCUUCUAUCUUAAGCUUGCUAGCUAGUGUUCCAGUCAAAUCAAAUAACAUUUUAUUUGUCACAUGCGCUGAAAACAGGUGUAGACCUUACUGUGAAAUGCUUACUUACAAGCCCUUUACCAACAAUACAUUUUUAAGGAAAAUAAAAGUUAAGAAAAUAUUGACUAAAUAAACUACAUUAAAAAAUGUAAAGAGUAACAAUAAAAUAACAAUAACAAGGCUAUAUACAGGGGGUACCGGUACCGAUUCAAUGUCCGCGGGUACAGGUUAGUCGAGGUAAUUGAGGUAAUAUGUACAUGUACUGUAGGUAGGGGUAAAGUGACUAUGCAUAGAUAAUAAACAGCGAGUAGCAGCAGCGUAAAAAAAAGGGGUGGGGGGGUCAAUGCAAAUAGUCAAGGACAUUUGAUUAGCUGUUCAUCAGUCUUAUGACUUGGGGGUAGAAGCUGUUAAGAAGCCUUUUGCACCUAGACUUGGCGCUCCGGUACCGCUUGCCAUGCGGUAGCAGAGAGAACAGUCUAUGACUAGGGUGGCUGGAAUUUUUGGCAAUUUUUAGGCCUUCCUCUGACACUGCCUGGUAUAGAGGUCCUGUAUGGCAGGAAGCUUGGCCCUGGUUUUGUACUGGGCCGAACGCACUACCCUCUGUAGUGCCUUGCGGUCGGAGGCCAAGCAGUUGCUAUACCAGGCAGUGAUGCAUCCAGUCAGGAUGCUCUUGAUGGUGCUGCUAUAGAACUGUUUGAGGAUCCGAGGACCCAUGCCAAAUCUUUUCAGCCUCCUUAGGGGGAAUAGGCUUUGUCCUGCCCUCUUCAAGACUGUCUUGGUGUGUUUGGACCAUGAUAGUUUGUUGGUGAUGUGGACACCAAGUAACUUGAAGCUCUCAACCUGCUCCACUACAGCACUGUCGAUGAGAAUGGGGGCAUGCUCGGCCAUCCUUUUCCUGUAGUCCACAAUCAUCUCCUUUGUCUUGAUCACGUUGAGGGAGAGGUUGUUGUCCUGGCACCAUACUGCCAGGUCUCUGACCUCCUCCCUAUAGGCUGUCUCAUCGUUGUCGGUGUCGUUGGCAAACUUAAUGAUGGUGUUGGAGUCGUGCUUGGCCACACAGUCAUGGGUGAACAGGGAGUACAGAAGGGGACUAGGCAUGCACCCCUGAGGGGCCCCUGUGUUGUGGAUCAGUGUGGCAGAUGUGUUGUUACCUACCCUUACCACCUGGGGGCGGCCCGUCAGGAAGUCCAGGAUCCAGUUGCAGAGGGAGGUGUUUAAUCCCAGGGUCCUUAGUUUAGUGAUGAGCUUUGAGGGCACUAUGGUGUUGAACGCUGAGCUGUUGUCAAUGAACAGCAUUCUCACGUAGGUUUUUCUUUUGUCCAGGUGGGAAAGGGCAGUGUGGAGUGCAAUUGAGAUUGUGUCAUCUGUGGAUCUGUUGAGGCGGUAUGCAUAUUGGAGUGGGUCUAGUGUUUCUAGGAUGAUGGUGUUGAUGUGAGCCAUGACCAGCCUUUCAAAGCACUUCAUGGCUGCAGAUGUGAGUGCUACAGGUCGGUAGUUAUUUAGGCAGGUUAUCACACAGUCGUCCGGAACAGCUGAUGCUCUCAUCAUGUUUCAAUGUUGCUUGACCUCAAAGAGCCCAUAGAAGUCAUUUAGCUCAUCUGGUAGGCUCGUGUCACUGGGCAGCUCAUGGCUGGGCUUCCCUUUGUAGUCCGUAAUAGUUUGCAAGCCCUGCCACAUCCAACGAGCAUUGGAGCCGGUGUAGUAGGAUUCAAUCUUAGUCCUGUAUUGAUGCUUUGCCUGUUUGAUGGUUCGUCGGAGGGCAUAGCGGGAGUUCUUACAAGCGUCCGGGUUACAGUCCCGCUCCUUGAAAGCGGCAACUCUACCCUUUAACUCAGUGCGGAUUUUGCCUGUAAUCCAUGGCUUCUGAGACCACCACCCCUUGUCUUACCGGAGGCAGCUGUUCUGUCUUGCUGAUGCACGGAAAACCCAGCCAACUGUAUAUUAUCUAUGUCGUCAUUCAGCCACAUAAGAUAUUACCGUUUUUAAUGUCCCGUUGGUAGGAUAGUCUCAAACGGAGCUCAUCCAGUUUAUUCCCCAAUGAUUGCAUGUUGACCAAUAGGACGGAUGGUAGAGGCGGGUUACCCACUCGCCGACGAAUUCUCACAAGGCACCCGAACAUGUGUCCCCUGUAUCGCCGUCUCUUCUUCAGGCGAAUGACGGGGAUUUGGGCCUGGUCCAGUAUCAGCAGUAAAUCCAACUCAUUAAAGAAAAAAUCUUAGUCCAGUUCGAGGUGAGUAAUCUCUGUUCUGAUAUCCAGAAGCUCUUUUUGGUCAUAAGAGACUGUGGCAGAAACAUUAUGUACAAAAUAAGUUACAAACAACGUGAAAAAACACACAAAAUAGCACAAUUGGUUAGGAGCCCGUAAAACGGUAGCCAUCUCCUCCGGCGCCAUAUUUUCUGGAGUGUCUCUCUGUGUACACUAUUUUAUUCUCCCGCACGUGUCUUCCUUGUUUGGGUGUGUCAUCACUUCCUUGUUUGGCCGUAGAUGGUUAUUACCAGCGCAUCGCCCUCUACUGUCACGGGGUAAUAUUGCCGCUUUCCCCCUUUUUUUCCAGUUUUUCAAGUGAACGUCUUUUUAGGGAGCAUGCGAGCACACUUGUUCGGUUCGGCCGAACUGAAGCAUGCUGACGCCUUUAGUCUUGCCCCAGCCUACCCUCUGCUUGUCCCCCUGACCCCCCGCCCCUGCGGCCCAUUGGCUACACCUCUGCCCCAGCCAAUCAGCCUCUCCUAAUGUCUUUAGCUUGUGUAGCGGAAAUUAAAAUACUGUGAGGUGUGAGCUAGAUCAAUACCCAGCCCCUGGGUUGUCACGGCGGGAAGUAGGUCGUUUGGGGUAGGGGGUUGGAUUGACCCCAUGACUCAGUGUCUGCCCGCAGGUGAGAGCACACACAUGCUCUUGAUAAAGAUCUAGUAAUAGUCAGUUAAUCUGGUGGUUGACUGGUUGGCUGACUAGGGGCUGGAUUAGUUCGUUAGUCACACUGUGGCCAUGUGGAACAGGAUGUGUGUUUUGAAUGGGACAAACACACAUCCACACACACAAAUGUUUGUUUCUGUAACACACACACACAUACACACACAUGGGUAGGUAGCAAGGAGUAGAGAAACAAAUUGCAAGCGGGGAGCCAGAUGAAGCCCCAGGUUACUGUUAAAUACAUGUGCCAAAAGUAUUUGUAAAAUCGCUAUAAAAUACAAUUUGUUUGAAUGCUUGAUUGAUUGUAGUCAUUCUUUGAUAUGGUGUCUAUUCACCACAGUGAAAAGUAUGUGUGUAUUUGUCCUGUGCUUCCAUCUGCAGCUGCUGUGGACUACCUGGUGAAGAACGUGAGCCUGUCCACCCAGAGAAGAAUGAAGCAGGGAGACCACUCAGCCAUCCUGGGACUGCUCCAUCUCCCCCACACUAGCCCCUUGACCUGUCACCAGCACCUCUCUCUCACGGAAGGGCCACAAGUGUGUGUGUGCAGACAUGUUUGUGUGUGUGUGUGGGAGAGCGAGACAGACACUUGUAGUCUCGAAGAGAGAAAUGGAAUGAAGUUGAAGCAGCCAUUCCAGGAGGAGGAGUUGGACGAUGCUAGUAGCUGCCGUACCGCUCCCCUGUCUCUUUCCACUGUUCCACCAUUCCACAAUAUUCCACAAUUCCUCCCUUCAUUCCCAACCAAGAGACCCUUACAGGGCUAUGGAGAGCUAGACGGGAAUGAGCUCCUACUGUCACGGCACUGA